CCCGCCGCUCGGACGGCCCGAGUCGCGCCCUCCCGCUCGGCGCUGCCGAACUUGCUCUAACUUCCUCGGCCGACCGGGCCGUGCCGCCACCGCCGCCUCCGCCAGCGCCGCUGCCGCGCCCGGGUCCUGCUUCUCAGAAGAUGCACUAUUACAGAUACUCGAACGCCGAGGUCAGCUGCUGGUACAAGUACCUGCUCUUCAGCUACAACAUCGUCUUUUGGUUGGCUGGAGUUGUCUUCCUUGGAGUCGGGCUGUGGGCAUGGAGCGAAAAGGGUGUGCUGUCCGACCUCACAAAGGUGACCCGGUUGCAUGGAAUCGACCCUGUGGUGCUGGUCUUGAUGGUGGGCGUGGUGAUGUUCACACUGGGAUUCGCAGGCUGUGUGGGGGCCCUACGAGAGAACAUCUGUCUGCUCAAGUUUUUCUGUGGGGCCAUUGUGCUCAUCUUCUUCCUGGAGCUGGCCGUGGCCGUGCUGGCCUUUCUAUUCCAGGACUGGGUAAGGGAUCGGUUCCGGGAAUUCUUCGAGAGCAACAUCAAGUCCUAUCGGGACGACAUUGACCUACAGAACCUCAUUGACUCCCUUCAGAAAGCCAAUCAGUGCUGUGGGGCCUACGGCCCUGAAGACUGGGACCUCAAUGUCUACUUCAACUGCAGCGGUGCCAGCUACAGCCGAGAGAAGUGCGGAGUGCCCUUCUCCUGCUGUGUGCCAGAUCCUGCGCAAAAAGUCGUGAACACGCAGUGUGGCUAUGAUGUCAGGAUUCAGCUGAAGAGCAAGUGGGAUGAGUUCAUCUUUACAAAAGGAUGCAUCCAGGCUCUGGAAGGCUGGCUCCCCAGGAACAUCUACAUCGUGGCUGGUGUUUUCAUUGCUAUCUCCCUGCUUCAGAUCUUCGGCAUCUUCCUGGCGAGGACUCUGAUCUCAGACAUUGAGGCAGUGAAGGCAGGUCAUCACUUCUGAGAAGCAGACGCAGCAAACGGAGCUGAGCCACAUGUGGAAGUCAACAUAGCCACCCACAGCCAGACCCCAGUCUUCGGCAUCAGCCUGAUAUGGCAUCUCUGUUUCUUCUUGCUGGUGCUGAAGACCAAGGCCCCUCCUCAUCUGUCCAGGCUUGACAUGGCAUCUCUGCAGGGGUUUGACCAGAGACAGAGAAUGUGUUUUUAUGUGGAGUAGUAACUCUGAGGACAGAUGGCUCCCAUGGCUGCAAGGAAGGCUUGAUGGCCUCUUAGAGCCAGCCUGAGAGUGUCUACAGGUCCCUACCUACUCAGUAAGGCUUAUGCACAUGCUCACCUUUUACCUUCUGUGUGUGGAGCAUUCGUAUGGGACCAGCAGGUUGAGGACAAGGCUUCUGGCGUCAUCGGAUAAAGAAGCAGGGGGAGGGAUAAGUGGUCCAGUGGUCCCCUCAUGCCAACAGGGUUCACAGUGGUGCAAACAUGCUAGGAGUUUGCAGGAUCCUCGGCCAUGUCCAUGUGAAGAAUGCCUGAGCCAGCCAUAACCUGUCCUAGAGGAGCACCUCACCACUGCCUUUCAGACAUGCACUGCUCUCCCAGCAUAGAACAGCCUUGUUUCUCCAUAGCAUUAAGCCCUGCUGAGGGCCAGCUCUCCUGUUGUUAAAGCGUGUAAAUAGUUUAUUUAUAGGGGUAAGAGUAUUCUGUCACCAUGUCUUCAUCUUCAUAGCCUCUUCUCUCUGGCUUUCCUUUUCUCAGCAGCCUUACCCAGUGUCUGGGACCAAGCUGUCCUUUUCAGUUCCCCGAGUGUCUCAAGAACCAGCUGUGACAGCUUCUCCCUCUGGUCCACACCCCCUCCACUCACCCCUGUUGGCUUCACUGUCUUCUGGUCUUGGUGCUACUGAAAUGGCCACCAGAACUUGAAUCCUGAUUGACCCUUUCUCCCCACUGCCCUCCAGGGAGCCUCAGUUCCUGUUUGUCAGCUGGAAACGGGCUUCUUGUCAUGACCACAUACAGCUAGUGGCCCAAAGUGCGCUGUCCCUGGAGGGCAACACUCCAGCAGUGAGGCCCUGGCGAGCCGUAGACACCAGGUGCCGUGUGGAAGCUCAGCGCGUCUUAUUUCUAAUUUCCGUGGUGACUCCUCCACCCAGAUGCCGUGUUCACUGUCAGCGUGGUUCUGGGGCUGCUCUUGAGAAUGACGUCUGUCUUACGUACUGGAUACACCCGGGGUGCACCCGGCGUCUGCCCACCUUGGGUUGGGCUACUCUCCUGCUUCUCUAUAGCUUGUAUCUGCCCUUACCGUUCAGGGAUUGAGUGCUACCUUCAGUUACUUGCCGAAGUGUACAUUCUAGUGUGGUGUAUCCUGGUGAUGCUGGUGGGCGUGUGUUGAUGAUGAUGAUGAUGAUGAUGAUGUUAUAAUUUUUUAAAUAAUUCUCUAUAGACUAGAGGAGGAAGAAUGCUUGUGUUUUUAGGAAGUGUGAUGCUUCUUUUUGACCUGCCAAACUCUUUUAUGGAAUAUAUCUUUAUAUUAAUGCCGUUGUUUGGGUCUUUUUUUGUUUGUUUGUUUGGAAUCACUAUUAAAAAGAAAAGAUUUAAGCAUUUUAGUGAUAAAUUGAGCCACUGAGCUGACCUGAGGCCUCAGGUGUGACUGGGUGGUGCAUGAGCCCAGUGGCUAAGGCAGACCAUCACGUGCCCAUCCUGAAAGAUUCCACAUCUCCUUCUCGUGCGCCCUGCAGUUGAACCUAGGUGGCUUAUGGCUUUGCCACCUUCAGCGAUAAGCACCGACUGGCCGACUGGAAAUCUCCCUCUGCAGAGCUUAGGGAAGCAUCUUCUCAGUUAUG